GCAAACGUUGUAUGGAGGAAAAGGAAGUGUGGUAUAGAGACUUUGGGCAUUUCGUCUCAAUCUCUUAUACCUAACUAAACUUCCAUACCGAUAUAUAACCAUAUGUGGGAUAUAUUUAAAUAUGAAAAGCAAACAUGCUCUUUUUAAUUUCCUUGUCUAUAAAUACACAAUCACCCCCCUCCUAAGUUCCAUACCUCGAUACAUAGCUUUUGCUAAAUAUAUAUAUUCUCAUCAAACAAUUAUUAUUCUUCACCUUUCAAAGUACAUCUAUAUAUAUUUCUCAAUAUAGUAUAAUAAUACAAAGGGAAGAAAUUAACUAUAAUGGCCCUCCUAAGACAUUUCCUCCUCUCAUUCACUAUCGUCAUCAUUUCAUUUGUUGCUUGCAAUAGCAACUUGCAAGAGGACCCACUUAUUACUACAUACGUUGAUGAUUCACCUUCCUACGAUGAUAGUGAUACAUUAUUAUUCAAGAACAUGAUAGAGCAAAACACAAAUGAUGUUUUGUGCUUAGACCAAUUUGGUGUCUCUUCACGUUCACUUAAAAUUGUUAAUGUUAGAGAUUAUGGAGCUAAAGGGGAUGGUCAUACGGAUGACACACAGGCAUUCAAGAAGGCUUGGGAAGUAGUAUGUUCGUCAGGGCAAUCAGUUUUAGUGGCACCUCAAGAUUAUAAUUAUCUACUCAAACCAAUCAGAUUCUCUGGUCCUUGCAAAUCUAACAUAUCAGUUCAGAUAUCUGGAAGUCUUGAAGCAUCAGAUAAUCCAUCAGAUUACAGUGAAGAUCAAAGACAUUGGCUUGUAUUUGUGGAAGUUCAACAACUAUUAGUUAAUGGUGGUGGAACCAUCGAUGGAAAAGGAAACAUAUGGUGGGAAAACUCAUGCAAAAGGAACAAAAAGAAACCUUGCAAGGAUGCUCCAACGGCUCUAACAUUUGAUAGUUGCAAGGACUUAAUAGUUGAGGAUUUGACAAUACAAAAUGCGCAACAAAUUCACGUUUCAUUCCAGGAUUCGACUAAUGUUAAAGCUUCUGGUCUCAAAGUGUCAUCACCAGGGAAUAGUCCUAACACCGACGGAAUUCAUAUCACCAAUACCCAAAACAUCAAAAUCUCUAGCUCUAUCAUAGGAACUGGUGACGAUUGUAUAUCAAUUGUAGAUGGAUCUAGUAACGUAGAAGCCACAGACAUUACUUGCGGACCAGGCCAUGGCAUCAGUAUUGGAAGUUUGGGGGCUGGAAAAUCCAAGGACUUUGUUUCUGGAGUGUUAGUGAAUGGAGCUAAGAUUUCUGGAACUACAAAUGGAGUUAGAAUUAAGACAUGGCCGGGAGGUUCAGGAAGUGCUAGCAACAUCAAAUUUCAGAACAUUGAAAUGGACAAUGUGACCAACCCCAUUAUAAUUAACCAGAAUUACUGUGACAAGAAAAAAAAACCAUGUAAAAAAAUGGACUCUGCAGUCCAAAUUAGUAAUGUGUUGUACCAGAAUAUAACAGGCAAAAGUGCUUCUGAUGUAGCUGUAAAGUUUGAUUGCAGUGAGAAAUUUCCAUGCAAGGAGAUAAAAAUGCAAAACAUACUCUUAAUAUGUGAAGAAGGAGAACCUGCUAAGGCUUUAUGCAACAAUGUUCAAUUGUCUUACAUAGGAAAUGUUAACCCACGCUGCAACUCACAGAAAUAUACAAAUUAAGGUCUCUCUACAUGAUGUAUAUAAUAUGAUCCAUACAAAAAUGCAAUUAGUUCAUCAUUGUAGAUAUGUGUUUAUACAAUGUAAGGUGAUACCCAAUUGAACAUUAAUUUGUAGUGAGUCAUGUCAUUCUUUAAACAUGAAUGUAAUAAACUGAUAUUGCCAUUA